UCACAGUUAUUCUUGUAUCAUAUACUCGGACACCCGGUAAUUCUCACAGCAUGUACAUUCAUUGACACACACACAGGGCCCCUCCACCUCUCAAUAUAAACCCCCUCUGUUUGUACAUUAGCCAUUCUGCGUAUCUCAGCCCCUCUCUGUUGUGUCGGGUGGUACCACACCUUCAUUCAGUUGCGUAAUCUGUCAGUGAACAGCUUCCUGUAUCUUCAGCAGUCCCAAUCUCGGGUGUGUGAGCGUUCCUGAAUGCAGCACGAGAUGUCAGAUGUAGAAGAGGAGUAUGAGGAGCGUGAUGCUGAAGAGGAGCUGGAGGCCGAGCUAGAGGAGCAGGAGGAGCCCGAAGCGGCAGAGGAGGAUGAAGAAGUCUGAACCUGUCAAGAACGGCUUGGUGGAGGAAGGAACCGAGAGUUUGAAAACAAAAAGGACUUUAAUGGUCAAAAUGUUAAAAAAGCAAACCGCAGACAGGAACCAGGAACAGAACCCGGGGAACGACAUCCAGGGAGGACGUGCAACAUCCAGGGUUGAACAAUCAACGUUCAGGAAUGACGCGAGAAAGGACACAUGACACACAGGGCUUAAAUACACUGGCAGGUGCAGGUGAAAACAAUCACGGGGUGGGGACAGGAUAAGGCAGGAAGUGAAGUUAACCCAGGGACACAGGAAACAAACCCACGCCGCGACAGAACCUCGCUCUCUUCCUUCCUCUCGUUUGUCAAUGUCUUCAUGUUAUAUUUUGAUCGUAUUUCAUCGCCCCCUCAAUCUGUUUUUUCUACCCUUCAUCUCUUGUACCUUCUGUCCGGCAUCUUUUUCUUCACCCUCCUUGCAUCUUUCAUUCUGUCUUCAUGUGGUGGCUGGUCCCUCAGAUCAAGACGCCCAGGAAGAAGAAGAACGCCCCAAACCCAAACCCAUGGUGCCUCAACACGUCGCUCCAAAGAUUCCUGAGGGAGACCGGGUGGACUUUGAUGACAUCCACAGAAAGCGCAUGGAGAAGGACUUACUGGAGCUGCACACUCUGAUCGACGUCCACUUUGACCAGAGGAAGAAGGACGAGGAAGAGCUCAUCAGCCUCAAGGAUCGGAUUGAGCGCCGUCGUUCAGAGAGAGCUGAGAUCCAGAGGGUUAGAACGGAGAAGGAGAAGGACCGACAGAACAGGAUUGCGGAGGAACGUCACAGAAAAGAGGAGGAGGAGGCCAAGAAGAAGGCCGAAGAUGACCUCAAGAAGAAGAAAGUGCUGACUGGCAUUGGAGCAAACUUUGGAGGCUUCCUGGCCAAGGCAGAGACGAGGAAGGGCAAGCGUCUGACGGGCAGAGAGGUCAAGAGGAAGACUCUGAACGAGAGACGGAAGCCGCUGUGCAUCGACAACCUGAGGGAGGAAUCUCUCAAGGAGAAGGCCCAGGAGAUGUGGAACUGCAUCCACCAGCUGGAGUCUGAGAAGUUUGAGUUCAUUGAGUACAUGAAGCACCAGAAAUACGAGAUCAUCGUGCUGCUGAACAGAAUCCAACACGCUCAGAAAUUUAAAAAGAUCCACGGCAAAGGGAAAGUGGGCGGCCGCUGGAAGUAAAAUGGACUUGAAAGAGAAAACAAGAACUGAAAGCAGUGUAGGAAUCACGCAUCCUGCCACUCUGUGGGCCUUUCCUGUGUGUGUGAGAGAGAUAUUUGAUGUUUCUUGAUGAAUAAAGCGACAUGCACUCAAUUUGGAGUUGUUGUGUGGAUCACAACCCCA